UAUUUUUUUUUUUUUAAAUUUGUGAGAAAAAAAAAAAGUGUUUCGAAGGAGAUUUGAACUCACGGACUUCGGAUUUAAAAUCGAGCGCGCUAUCCCCAAGACCACGGCUCGAUGUUAUUGGAUGUUGGAAGUAGAAGGUGAGUGAUACUGGAAAAUUCGAAAAUUUGGUGAAAAGAAGAAUUGUUUAUUUAUUUAUUUAACAAUUAAAUAGUUGAUAAAAUUUUUUUAAAAAUAUAUAAUGUAAUUUUUCAUAAACUUUUAAACAGAUGGUUUCAAUGCAAAUUGUUUAAUUAUGAAAAAUGUUUAUAUUAUUUUUAUUUUUUCUCAUGCCUAUUGCUUUCAUGCAAAAAUUAAUAUCAAUUCCCACCGCAAGGUUUGCUGAUUUGUGAAAUAGUUUUUUCAUUUUCAUUUUCAUUUUCAUUUUCAUUUUUAUUUUUUCUUUUCGUUUUUAUCGUUUCGUGAGUGAAGUUGCAAAUUGAAAAGAAUAUUAAUAAUGGAGUUAAAUUUUAGAAAAGAAAUGAGUGCCUACGAAAGGGAAAGAGAGCGAGAAUGGUUGUACGCUCAACCAUUAUAUUUGACGAAACAAUUAUUGUUGAGAAAGAUUCAUUUAGAGACAAGAAAAGUUUAUGCUGAGUUUCUUAAAUGUGAAAAGGACAACCGAGUGCAUGAUUGGACUUGGAAACACCAACGAGAAUACUACAUGCAUUUUUAUAACACAAAAAAUUCUUCGAUACGUGAAGAUAUAAAGUUGUUAGGAAUAUUGGAAGAAACUGAGAGAAAAAUUGCUUGGUGUCAAUAUGAGGCAAAAUUAACACCAAUCACUCGGGAUGGAACUUUCAGGGACCUGCAAGCUCUCUACCCAGAAGAAGUUGAAGAAUAUGAAUGGGGUCCAACUAUGUGUAAUGCCAACACAACCCUUAAUCAGUUUGAAAGAUUUCUCGAUAAUCAUAAAUAA